CCUUCUUUUGUAUAGUCAUAUAUAAUUAAGGCUCAUAACUCUCGACCUUCAGUCUGAUGCACGUGCUCUGUCUCUCUUCCUGAGUUCGAUGGCGACGAAACCGGUCGGAAAUCAGGCUGCUUCCGAAACGCUAAAGUUCAAGACAUGGGUGUUGAGAGUCUCCAUCCAUUGCGAAGGCUGCAAGAAGAAAGUCAAGAAACUUCUUCGGGGCAUCGAAGGUGUUUAUGCGACGGCGAUCGAUGCCCAGCAGAACAAAGUUACAGUCACCGGCGACGUGGAUUCUGACACGCUGAUCAAGAGACUCGCAAGAUCUGGGAAAUAUGCCGAGAUUUGGCCGGAAAAACUACCGGAGAUGGUCAAGGAAAAGAAUAUUCCUCAUAAGCCAUCACCGGGCAAGAACGAAAAACAGAAAACCCCUAAAGCUGACAGCGGCGACAAAGACGGCGAUAACCUGAAAAAAGUGGCGGCGGAAGAACCAGAAACCGGCGGAGAUGAAGAGGAGAAGCUUCCAGAAGCGGAGAGAAAUGGCGACAAGGGGAAGAAGAAGAAUAAGAAGAAGAAAAAGAAGGAAGCGAAGUUGAGUGAUGGAGGAACAGAGAACGGAGAGGCAACCACAGCCGUCGGAUCUCCAGUCUCGCCGUUACCGCCGUCAGAUCUCCAGCCUCCAGUUAACUACGGUAUGAGUUACAAUUCAGCGCCGUACGCCGGAGCUGUGAACUCGCAUUUCGUUGUUCCGGCAACCCACCUGGCUGAUCCCCUCGUGCAUCUUCCGCCGCAUGAUCCGAUCAGAUUCAACAGCUACGAAGACUACGAUGACGGUCAUCACGACUGUGACGACGACACCGGUUGCUUCAUCAUGUAACGACAGUGUUUAGGUCUUGCAGUGGUUCGCUGUCAGCUGGUCGGAGGCCAAGAGGCCGGAGCACUUCCCGUUGUGAUAAAUUAGUGGUACUAUAUAAGAGUUUAUUAUAAGGGUUUAGGGUUCUGUAUUCAUAUUUUGCAGUCUUUUUUCUAUGUUAUUGUUUAACCAAAAGCUUGUGGUAUUAUAUAUAUAAAAGGCAGUCUUGUAAUAUCGAAUAUGUAUCAUAUCA